AUGAGUCAUUCCAUGAGCAGCCCGCGGAAUAUUCAACUCGUUUUUGAAACUUAUCAAAAAGCUAGAUUGGUAUUUGUUCAGACAAUGGCUGAACUGGCUACAAGAGCAACUAAUGUUAAAUGUUUGGAGAGUGCUGGCGUUUUGGAAUUACUUCGGCCAUUGUUGUAUGAUGCGUGCAGUACGGUACGACAAUGUGCGGUAGUGGCUGCAGCACGACUUGCAGAACAUGACGAAAAUGUUGCUAGACAAAUUCUCAACGGUGGAAUGCUUACCAUAACGCUGGAAAACCUCAACAAAUAUAAUGUGUAUUAUAAACGGUCGGCACUGUAUUUAAUGAGGGCGGUUGCAAAACAUAACGAAGAAUUAGCUUCGGCUAUUGUAAGACUUGGGGCCUUAGAACAUAUUGUUUCUUGCUUAGAAGAUUUCGACACGCAGGUCAAGGAAAAUGCGGCUUGGGCUUUAGGUUACAUAGGAAAACAUAGCGAACAUUUAUCAGGAUUAGUCGUAGAUGCUGGGACACUCCCGUUAUUGGUUUUAGCUUUUCAAGAACCAGAAAUGAGUUUGAAACAGAUAGCUGCUGGUGCUUUGGUAGAUUUAGCACAACACAAGCCUGAAGCCGUGGUCGACGCAGGAGCUAUUUGUCAUUUAGUGCGCGGCUUGGAAAACCAAGACCCAAAACUGAAGCGUAGCACACUUUGUGCAUUGAGCGCUGUGGCAGGCACACGUGCGUCUUUGGCCGAGGCUGUGGUCGCUGGCGGCGCCCUACCGCCGGCAUUGCUCCACGCCGGCCACGACACGGCACCGGUCCGCCGCGCCGCCGCCUGUCUAUUACGUGAUAUAGUCAAACAUUCCGUAGACUUAGCUCAAUUGGUGGUGAAUACGGGUGGGUGUGGGCCCCUAGUGGAAUUGUUGGUUGAGAACACCGGCGGAACGAGAGUUCCCGCCUGUAUGGCCCUUGGUUACAUCGCGGGACAGUCAGACCAGCUGGCGAUGGCUGUCAUUGAAUCUAAGGCUGUGGUGGUACUCGUAGAAAUCCUACAGAAUAGUGAGGAUGAUGCAGAGCUUUGUGCUGCAGCUUGGACACUGGGUCACAUAGCAAAACAUUCACCACAACAUAGCCUCGCUGUAGCUGUUGCAAACGCAUUACCUAGACUUUUACAAUUAUACACUAAUCCAAAGUCGUCCAGUGAGGUCAGGGCGAGGGCCGCCUGUGCUUUAAAACAGUCACUGCAAUGUUGCCUUCAUAGACCAGCCUUAGAGCCCUUACUACAUGCUGCUCCGGCUUGCAUUCUUAAAUAUGUUUUAGCACAAUAUGCAAAGAUAUUACCUAAUGAUGCAAGAGCAAGAAGAUUGUUUGUCACGACAGGGGCUUUAAAGAAAAUACAAGAAAUUGACACCGUACCAGGAACUUCAUUAAAGGAGUACAUAAAUAUAAUUAACAGCUGUUUCCCUGAAGAAAUCGUGAGGUAUUACACGCCAGGUUUCUCGGAUUCAUUGCUCGAUAGAGUUGAAGCCUAUACUCCCCAGAUCCCAGAACUGUUUACAGAUAGAGUGCCUAGUGAUUGUCAAAGCGAAGUGACGAUAGAAAAUGGAAAUUAA